AUGAUCGCAGCGGUCUUCUGUUCUCGAUCGGCACUAGCUGCAUUGGUGCCGAGUGUGCGACUGAGCUCCACCGGUCGAGGGAAUAGGGAGGAUCUUGGCGUUGGCGAAGGCGCUGCGUGUAAUAUGGCGCGCGAUGUGUUAAGCCGGUGCAGAACCGAGCCGAAUCCGUGGAACUAUGGGCAAAGAAUGUCCCCACCCCCAAUGGGUUCGUUCUGUGGUGUGCGCGUCGACAGUCGCAGCUCAUGGCUGAGCCCGCGCAGCAGAUGUUGCAGAUGGGUGACACCUAUAAAAGACCCGUUGGCUGCCUUUUCUUUAUCCGACUUUACCAAGAGCCGAGCCCUCGCGCACUAUUGUCCUGCUGCCGCUUCUGCUUCUGCUGCUGGGUGA